AUGUUCAGAGCAUCCCGAGUACUUCUUUCCGCUUUACGCCCAAUCAAAGCAUCCACAGGUAUAACAGGUCUCGAACCCAUUGCCGAUCCUUUACCAGCCCUCAAAUCCAUCUACUCUUCAACAUUAUCUACACUCUCUUCGUUACCUUCCGGAUCAGUAUACAGACAAGCCACGGAGGCAUUGACGAAACAUAGAUUGGAGGUGAUUGAGAAAUCAAACGAGGAUGUAUCGAAAGUGGAAAGUGAAUUAGGUAAGAUAAUCGAAUUGACUAUUGAGGAGGCAAAGGCGGAACAGGCUUUGGUAGGCAAGAUGAUUGAGUGGAAAUCCUGGGAAAAUCUCGAGCAAGAACCUCAACCUGAUCAAUGGAAAUAUUUUGAACCCGCCAGUGACGUUUAG